GUCACGUUUGCAAAAAAUCUUAUGAAGUUAAGUCAACAAUAAAAUUAACUUUAAAAAUAAAGAAAUAACAAAACAGGACAUACAAAUAAAAUCGGUUUCGUAAAAAAAAAACAUUUGUUGAAGAUUAAUUCAUUUGAUCAAAUAUGGUGGAUAUAGCAUCAGCUCAAAGUGAAAAUGAUAUUCUCCGCAAAAUUCGUUUUCGUUUAUUACAAUGGGAGGCCAAAGACGAUCCCAUAGCCGGACUUUCACAUAAACAAGAAGAAUAUAUGGAAAAACUGUGCUCGAAAUGGAAGAAAAUGCAAGGAGAUCCAACAGAAACUGAUAAAACUUCAUUGAUACCAAUAGCUGACGAAAAAGUACAUGACAGUGUAUGUCCGCUAAGUGAAAUAUUCAAAGAUGUAGGACAAUAUCCUGACAUUAAAAGCACCCAUGAUUUCUUGCUUUGGCACGAUCGGGUAAAAGGUGAAAUUCAUAAACAUGCCCAUAGCUCCUAUGAAAGAUAUUUGCAACAACUGGAAAUUCGAAGCGAGGAAUGUCGAGUUAUGCUCCAACAAGUAGAUACAGCUAUGGAAAUAUUGAGUAACUUAAAUGCGCAGUACGAUUUUGUGUCCCACAAAACAAGUUCUCUUAACUCCGCAAGUCAGCAACUCAUAGAUGAGCAAAAAAAGAUGCAGGAUAUAAACGAAGAAAUCCAGAGACGUCUACAAUUCUUCAACCAAGUGGAAUUCUUAUUUCAACGCAUUCAAAGCCCAACGCUUUCUGUUGCAAGUGAGUCUUUUAGAGAAUGCUUGUCCAGGAUUGACGAUUGCAUUAAAUAUCUAAAGGAAAAUCCGAAAUAUAAAGAUUCUUCAGCAUUUAUCGUCAAGUACAAACAUGUUCUAUCGAAAGCUAUAACGCUUAUUAAAAAUUAUGUAAUGACAGUCAUUUCACAAGCCACACACCAAACCUUAGCUCCCAAAAAUGCUGGGACUCAACUAAAUAAACCAAAUGCCGAGUCUGCUUUUGCACUUUACUAUGGAAAAUAUCAAGCGUCUGCUGUGAAAAUAAAGAGAGUAUCCCAACUAGUUGAAGAUCGCCUCAGCUUUAGUUCGGAAUAUGAACAGCUUUUAUCUGAAAUUCACAAUUGUUAUUUGUCAGAAAGAGCAAAUAUCAUGUCACCGGCGGUCGAAAACGCAAUUCAGGAUUUAAAAUCUACCUACAAAGGAGAUCAGUGCUCGUUGAUGCGUAGUGCCUGUGGUUUUUUGGUCCAUGUAUGUCAGGAUGAACACCGUUUAUUUUUCCAGUACUUUUCAAUUCCAAGCGAUCAGUUAAUGUCCUAUUUGGAAGGCUUGUGUACGAUUCUUUAUGAUACAAUGAGGCCAAUGAUUAUCCAUAUUAACCAUUUAGAAACUCUGGCUGAGAUAUGCAGUAUUCUAAGAAUUGAAAUGAUUGAAGAGCAAGUUCAACAAAAUCCUGAACAAUUGGAAGCUUUCGAUCGAACUGCUAACCAAAUGCUUCAAGAUGUUCAAGAGCGUUUAGUUUUUCGUGCUCAUUUGUAUUUGCAAUCCGAUAUAUUACAUUAUAAUCCCUCAUCAGGAGAUCUUGCUUACCCAGAAAAAUUAGAAAUGAUGGAAAGUAUAGCACUGUCGCUGCAUGAGCCGCACUUGAGGCGAUCAGAUUCCCGAUCAUCCCUUAUAUCAACCACAUCAAACACAGAUAGCGUUGAUACCAACGCAAGAGCAAGAAAUCUAAAUUCACCAGCUGAUCUUCAUGGGAUGUGGUAUCCCACUGUACGAAGAACUCUAGUUUGUUUGUCACGACUGUAUCGGUGUGUUGACAGGCCAAUUUUCCAAGGACUUUCUCAAGAAGCCUUACGACUAUGCAUACAGAGUGUUUCUAAGGCCUCAGGCAAGAUAAGUGCUUCUAAGACAACAAUCGAUGGCGAACUUUUUGAAAUUAAACACUUGCUGAUACUAAGAGAACAAAUAGCUCCUUUUCGUGUAGAUUUUACUGUCAAGGAGACAUCACUUGAUUUUAGCAAAAUAAAGACUGCUGCCUUUGGACUUUUGCAGAAACGCAAACAACUUUUUUCUAUGGGAAGCAAUAACGCCUUACUUGAAUUCCUUCUUGAAGGCACGCCUCAAAUAAAAGAACAUCUCUUAGAUUCUAGAAAAGAAGUCGAUCAACAACUUAAAUCUGCUUGUGAGCUUUUUAUUAAAGACGCUGUGCAUAUGCUUAUUGGACCUCUACUCGUAUUCCUUGAAAAAGCUCAAAAUUUAAUAUCACAAGUAUCGACAGGGGGAAAUAAGGAACAAGCAACACCAACUAAAGUUAAUUACACAUUAAGACAUAGCACUUGGGCAAGUCCACAGCAAAUAAGUAGUAUUAUUCAAGAGACACAAAGACUUGUUAAAGUCAAACUAUGCAAUCUCCAGAGAUCUAUGCAACUUUACCUUAGCAAUCGUGAUACCGAAUUCAUAAUUUUUAGACCCAUUAGAAACAACAUUAUAAGCUCCUUUGUGAAGCUAGAGCAAAUACUUGCAACAAAUGGAUAUUCUCCAGAUGAUAUGACUAUUGCAAGCUGUCCGUCAGCAGAACAGGUAUCGAUACUUUUGUCAAGUGCUAGCAUUCUUGCUGCUGAAGGAAUUGUCAAUUUUUCCGCAGCCAGAAAAAUAAGUACUUCAUCAAAUGAAGGACAUGUUGGGCAAAGGAAAAUAAGCUUAGAAAAAAGAGUGAGCUUUGAGAAUGCUGUUGCUAUGACUCAAGUUCCUGAAGCUUCGGAAAUUGUUUCGGAGAACGUAUCUUUGGAUGAUGGCCAAUGCUGAAUAAGUACCAAGCUUAUGAAGGAAUUAUUUAUUUACACACUAAAUAAAGAAAUUAAUUUGUAAACAAAUAUUAACCUGAUUGAUUGUAUGUCUCGAAAAAAGCAGUCGGCAUUUAAUCUAAUGUUGCAAACAAAAGUAAAAAGCAGACUUUUACUAACACUUGCAUGUUAAACAAACUGAUAAUAAUAUAUAGCUUCGAUAUGUAAAAUAAAAUAUAAGUACAGUUUCAAAGGUUUUUGGUACACUAAUAAAUACAUUUUAAAACUA